CCUUCUGCCUGGUUCGCUUUGCUUCACUAACGUCCACAGCUGGAAAGGUAAAAAGGUUCUCAAAGAGCCGUCAGAAGGGAAGAUGAAGAGCUGCGAGGUCGUCGUUCUUUUGCUCGCUCUUCUCUGCGUGGGCCGCGCUGCUCCGUUGACGAGCUGUGACACUUUGCUGAAGCCGAUAAGCAUCAGCAAUGAACAAAUGUUGGGACGCUGGCUGUACAUCGGGGGGAGCUCCGACCUCCCGGGUAGUCGAUCUCUGGGACAUCUGCUCAACAGCAUCUGGUUGGACAUCCGCGCCACCUCCCUCAGCAACGUGCUCACCAUUUUCCAGACGCAGAGAAUCUAUGGUGAAUGUUCCGGGAUGAUCUACAACGUGACCAUGCAAAACAGCACAUUAUUGAUUGAGCAUCCGUUUUACCUCAAGGAAGUAUACCUGCAGACAGACUGUGCAGACUGCCUGGUGGUCUAUGAAGAAGUCAAAACCAGCCAAGACUCCUUUAAGAGUCUUCUGCUGUUCAGCAGGCAACGGAGCGUCUCACUUGCCGACGUGGAGAUGCUCAAGAUGCAAGCAAAGUGUCUCCAGAUGCCCUCCCCACUCAUGAUGGACCCGAGCUAUGAAAUCUGCCCAGACAACAUUGCAACCUCGGAUGGACUUGCUGCCUUCAACUCGUUGUUAGAGGCCAAGAUGGGACAGCGGGUUGCGAAGCUUCUCGACCAACUUUUUGACUUCUUUAUCAACUGAUUGUUGGAAAAUACUUUGAUAGUAUUGUGCUGUUCACGCAUCUGCUAGUGUACACGCUCAAAUCAAACAAGUAGUGUGUUGCUCUGAUUUACUAAUAAAGUUCACUCGUAAAAUAAUACUUUGAAAGGGAGAUGGUGAGAGUAAUGCUUUAAACACAAAAGAAAAAUCUGUAGUAGUUGUCAGUUAGUUGGUUGCUAUGAUUUGCUGUUAAGGUUAAUAAUAAUAAUACAUAUUUAUUUAUAUACCGCACAUAAAACACAACCUAAUACUUCUGUGCUCUCUGUUUUGGGCACAAUAGUCAAAUAUUUGCAUCUAAUAUAUACAUUUGACAUUUAAUGUCAUUGUAAGAGGUUUCACAAUUGAAUCAUAAUUAUUCAACAUAAUUUUGAUUGACAUCAGCAAAAUUAAUAUAAUUACCUAUUGACAAGACUCUGAGUGGGCUGGAUUAUAUAUUAUUUAUUAGCGCUAUACUUUGUUUACCGGGCCACGUUCCAAUAUGAUAUUUUCACCUUGUACAAGAACAAAAAACAGUCAUCCUGAGUCAAAGGUUAGGCUCCUGCAGAAGGUAAAAAUGAACUGAACUUUUCACUCAGGUAUGUUUAACGAGGGUAACUUGGAAAUGGUAUUGGAACGCGGCCCCCAAUGAAUACAAUGAUAAAAAACCAAACGUGGACGUCAACAAUCUCAGUUUCCUACACAAUCAUCAAUCCCAUUUCCUGAAAAGUUAAGAAGUGAACAUUUUGGGCUAAACUUUCGCCUCCAUCUCAAAACACAUUACAAAACGUGUGUAAACAAGUGGCUGAACUCUGAUACGUUGGUAAACACUAAAAUUGCGAGAGCUUUAAACAGUUGCAUUCUGGACCAAGCAGCCACAAUAUUUUCACGCAAAUCAACACGCUGAUCCAGCCAUGAUGUUGUUCUUAAUCCUCGCUUUCACGUUUCUAUCGGCAGGCUUCUCGGCCCCUCUGACCUCUGACUGUGACACGUUGACCCAGCAGGUGGAAAUCCAAAGUCGCGACCCGCUCUUGGGCGUGUGGACGUUUGCGGGAGAAAGUACUGACAUGCCAGGCUCCAAAGUCCUGACGAAGAUGUUUGUGGAAAACGUGUGGGGGAAAGUCUUCGCGGCCAAUGAGAGCGACUCCAUCUUUGUGUUUCAAGUCCAGAAAAUGUUGGGCCGAUGCUACAGUGUCACUUCAAAGUUGACCUUGGUCAACAACACUCUGCACAUGGAGCAUCCCCUCUCUGCUAGUGAGGUUCUCUUGAGGACCAGCUGCUCUGACUGCAUUCUUCUUCUGUCUAACACUACCUUGGGAGAACGCACAUACCGUAUUAUGCAGCUUUUGACCAGAAGACCAAAAUUGACGAGUGCUGAGAUUGAUGAGUUCAAGAGGCAGGCGGCAUGUCUGAAUUUACCCCCACCCGCCAUCCUGGAUGCAGACAAAGGUUUUUGUCCAGAUUCAUCAGCUUCAAAAGACACAGAGACCACUGAUUUAACCUCCGUCCUCAGUCAAACUGACCCAGAAUAUAUGAGACUAUUGGACAAGCUGCUCAGCAGUCAAAGUGGAAUAAAGAUGAUUGUGGAUUCGAUUAGAAAUUAAAAAUAAAAUAAAAAACAAUACAAAGAGACCAUGUUGAUCCGAUAAAACAAUUUCAAUCAAAA